GUGAGGUUGAGAGCAUCUUCCAAAAGAGAGAGAGAGUGUGUGUGAGAGAGUGAGUGUGGGUGAGAGAAAAAAAAAAAGAUUGAGAGAUUAAAUUUUGAGUGAAAUUAGGGUUUAUCUCUCUUCUUGUUUUCUUUGCUUCGUUUCAUCUUCAAACCAAAAAUAUAAUCUCUUCCCUGUCCUGUUUAAUCAUCUGUCGUCUUUCUUGGGAAAACACAAAUCACGAUUUUCUUAUGAAGUGUUGCUUUACGAGUUUAUAUUUUGCCAAAACUCAUCUAAAACGACAAACUUUUGUUUAAAAUUUGUAUUUGAAAGUGGUUUCAAGAAAACGAGAUCCAUCAUUCAUUGUUUUCCAAAAAAUAUUAUGAAUUUUUCUGUCAAUUAAUAUUCUUUAAUUUUAUUCUUUUACAGAGUUGAUCAACUUCAUGGGCAUUUUUUAGUUCCCUCAAGUUUUGAUCCUCUUUUUUAAUUUAUUUUUUGUUGAUAAAUUUGUUUUAGUUUUGAUCUAUGGAGGUUGCUUAUUUCAAACCUCGUUGAUCAAUUUUAUUUCUGUAAAAAACUAAAAACCAGUCUUUGAAUUUUUUCUAAAAAGACAGGUUUUAUUUAAUAUUUUUUAUUUAUUAAUCUUGUAUUUUUUGUAGUAUAUUUUUUUUUGUAUUUCAGGGAACUCCGAUGGCAGAUUUCUUCGGCGGUGGCCAUGGCGGCGAGCUUAUGGAAGCACUUCAACCUUUUUACAAAAGUGCUUCCACGUCUGCCUCAGAUUCUGCGUUUGCGUCCUCAAACGAUGCGUUUGCGUCUGCGCCAAACGACCCAUUUUCUUCUUCCUCUUACUAUAAUCCUCAUGCAUCUUUCUUCCCUUCACAUUCCACAACCUCUUACCCGGAUCUUUAUUCCGGAUCCAUGACCUAUCCAUCAUUCGGGUCGGAUCUUCAACAACCCGAUUCUCUUGAACAAAACUACCAGUCUCAGUUCCAUUACCAAAACAAUAUCACUUACUCUCAUCAAGAAAACACUUGUAUGCUAAACUUUAUUGACCCGAGCCAACCAGGUUUUCUAACCCAACCUGGUCCGGCCUCGGGUUCGGUUUCAAAGCCCGCCAAACUCUAUCGAGGAGUGAGGCAAAGGCACUGGGGAAAAUGGGUCGCGGAGAUCCGUUUACCCAGGAACCGAACCCGACUCUGGCUAGGAACAUUCGACACGGCUGAAGAAGCCGCGUUGGCUUAUGAUCGCGCCGCGUUCAAGCUUCGUGGUGACUCGGCUCGGCUUAAUUUUCCAGCUCUCCGUUACCAAACUGGCUCGUCUCCGGGGGAUUCCGGCGAAUACGGACCUAUUCAAGCUGCCGUUGACGCCAAGCUGGAAGCCAUAUUAGCCGAGCCGAAGAAUCAGCCGGGCAAAACAGAGAGGCCAUCGAGGAAACGAGCUAAAGCCGCGGCUUCUUCGGCUGAGCAGCCGGCAGCGCCACAACAACAUUCCGGGUCCGGUGAAAGUGACGGGUCGGGUUCGCCGACGUCGGAUGUUAUGGUGCAGGAGAUGUGCGAAGAGCCGGAGAUGCCGUGGAAUGAAAAUUUCAUGCUCGGCAAGUGUCCUUCUUAUGAGAUUGAUUGGGCUUCAAUUUUAUCAUGAAAAACUAGGAUUCUAUUCAUUUUUAUUUAUUUUAAUUCAAUAUGUUUUGUAUUUUGUUCUUAAAAUUUAGUGUUAUUUAGCUGUGCUUAAAAUUUGUAAUUUAGCAUUUUGUAUGAAUGUAAUGCAAGUGUGUAAAUUAUGGACAGCUUAAGCUUUUUUGUUCAUGCCGUACUAUGUAGAUCUCUCUUCUUUUCUCUUAAUUGAAAUGAAUUUGGUUAGUAUA